AUGCCAGUGGUCCCACGCUCACCACUGACAAUGAUCCCGGGUGGCACCUCACCACCACAGCCGGUGCCUCAGAAUGUUCACACCCCCGGGCAUGCCAAGCCCAGCGUGACCUCGCUGCCCUCUCCUUGCCCGGAUCUACCACAACCAGCUGACGUUCCGGACCCCCCAGCGCAUGAUCCAUCGAUGCCCACUGUCCCCGAAUCCAGGCAAGAACUAGCACCUGAUCCACGCCCUGCUGUCGAGACGGUGGUUCCACAACCUCAGGCUCAAGCCACCCAGCGUGCUCUACGUUCGCUCCAGCCGCACAACGCCCCUGGCAUACAAGAGCAAGAUGCUCCCAUAGGCGUGAGCACGCCUCCAGGCGGCCCUCGGCGAUCGGCGAGACUGUUGGCCAGACAGAGCCCCAAGCCAAUUGACUCUAAAUCUUAUUCUGAUUCAGAUCAUUGA